AUGGCUUCGCACUCUUCUUUACCUGCCACUCACCGAGCCCUCGUGCUACACACGCUCGACACCCCCCUCCAAGUCGAAACUCGCCCCAUGCCACAGGUCACCCCAGGAAGCGUCGUCGUUCGAGUCCUUGCCGCCAAUGUCCUCUCCUACGGCCGCGAGCUCCUGGACGGCACCCGUCCGUACCCCUAUCCCAAGCCGUACGUCCCCGGCGGCAGCGCAGUGGGAAAAAUCGCCGCCGUGGGGUCAGACUGCAGCAUCUUUUCGCCCGGGCAACUGGUGCUCGUAGGCAUCAUGACGCGUGCCAGAGAUGACGCUUCGGCGAGCUAUCUGAUGGGUAUACAUCAGGGGUUUUCGGAGACGACUGCGAAGCUUGCCAGUGAUGAGUGGAGGGACUCGACGUAUGCCGAGUUUGCAAAGGUUCCCCUUGAAAACGUGUAUGCGCUUGAUGAGGAACGGUUGUUGGGUGAUGCUACAAAGGGCGGACUAGGAUAUACCGUCGAAGACCUGCCGUACUUGUAUCGGCUUCUUGUUCCAUUUGGUGGAUUCAGGGACGUCGGCCUCAAGGUCGGUGAGACGAUACUCAUCGGCCCAGCCACGGGCCCGUACGGAACUGCUGCCGUUAGGCUUGCGCUCGCGCUGGGAGCCAACGUCGUUGCCAUGGGUAGAAACGGCCAGGUGCUGGAGAAGCUGGCCGCGACAAGCGACAGGACGGACACGGCGGCCAUCAAGAGGCAUGGCCCCAUUGACGUCUUCUUUGACAUUUCGCCUCCAGCGGCGAUGUCCUCGACGCACAUCAUGAGCGGGAUCCUUUCCCUUGAGCAUUCGGGGCGGGUGAGCCUGAUGGGGGGCAUUGAGGGGGACGUGAUGAUCCCUUAUGGGGCGAUUAUGUUUAACGAUUUGAAGCUGCAUGGCAAAUUGGUGAGGAUGGUGGAGGCGGGGGUUUUGGGGCUGGGAGGGAGGAUUGGGGCGAGGUGUGAGGGGCGGUUCAGGCUGGAGGAGUGGGAUGAGGCUUUUGAGGCUGCGAGGGGGAAUGCUGGGCCUGGGCAGUAUGUUGUUAUUACUCCUUGA